AAGGAGGAUCCUGAACUAAAUUUGGAGGUGGCAGCCUCAAUAAGAAAAGCAUCUCAUAGUUUAAGUUUCAUUCAAAGUGCUGGUGACAGCUGUGACAUUCCAUAUCAAGAAACAUUACAUCAAGGAGUAGUCAAUGACAAGCUGGAGAUACAUGCAGAGAAGUCAACAGAUUUCAUUGUGUCUCACAACUGUACCAAAGUACAGACUUCACAAGAAGACGGCUUAUGUGGCACAAGAUUAAGUUGUAGCAUCAGGGAAAAGGAAUUCCAUAAGUUUAACUGUAGUUUCUGCCUACAGAGCUUCCCUUCAAAAUACAGACUCAUAAUGCAUAUUUUCAUCCACAUUGACGGUGUGCAGGCACCUGCAUUUGUGUGUAAGUCAUGUGGUGAGGUAUUUCCCACUGAUGACUACUUGAAAGAACAUUUGAGAAUGAGGGAGGGUGACCAAGCAUUAUGUACUACCAACAGUGAGAAACUUGAAUGCAGUGAUUAUCAUGAAAACAAUAUCUCCUUCGAGUGUGUACAAGAAGGAAUUGUGGAACAGACUGAUGAGCCCCCUUCAUACAAGGUACCCAGGAAAGCUUUUAAAAAAUCCUUUAAUGAAAUAUGUAAUACACAUAAUGUGAAAGAAGCUGAAGAGAAACUCGAAAGAUGUAAUGAGUGUGGAAUUUUAUGUACAAGUGACCACGUUCAUGUCCACACUGUGCUAAGUGCAAAGAGACAUCACAAAUGUGAUGUUUGUGGUAAAAUGUUUACUCUGUUAUGCAAUCUUAAGAUUCAUAGUUUAAUACACACUGGAGAGAGACCCCAUGUAUGCGAUGUUUGUGGAAAAGCUUUUACUGAAAGGGGCAAUCUCAAGAAACAUGAAUUAAUACACACUGGACAGAGACCACACAAAUGCGAAGUCUGUGGAAAAUCAUUUACUCAGUCGGGCCAUCUCAAGGCUCACAGUUUAAUACACACAGGAAAGAGACCACACAAAUGCGAUGUCUGUGGAAAAUCAUUUACUCAGUCGGACAGUCUCAAGACCCACACUUUAAUACACACAGGAAAGAGACCACACAAAUGCGAGGUGUGUGCAAAAUCGUUUUCUCAAAGGGGCAGUCUCAAGAAACAUGAACUAAUACACACAGGAGAGAGACCCCACAAAUGUGAUACUUGUGGUAAAUUAUUUCAUGUAUUGAGCAAUCUCAAGGCCCACAAGUUAAUACACAGUGGAAAGAGACCCUACAAAUGUAGUAUUUGUGGAAAAUCUUUUACUCAUUGGGGCAAUCUCAAGAAACAUGAAUUAAUACACACUGGACAGAGACCUCACAAAUGCGAUGUCUGUGGAAAAUCAUUUACUCAGUUGGGCAAUCUCAAAACCCACAUUUUAAUACACACUGGACAGAGACCACACAAAUGCGAUGUGUGUGGAAAAUCAUUUACUCAGUCGGGCAAUCUCAAGAAACAUGAAUUAAUACACACAGGAGAGAGACCUCACAAAUGUGAUACUUGUGGUAAACUAUUUAAUGUAUUGGGUAAUCUCAAGGCCCACAAGUUAACACACAGUGGUAAGAGACCCUACAAAUGUAGUAUUUGUGGAAAAUCUUUUACUCAUUGGGGCAGUCACAGGAAACACAAAUUAAUACACACUACAUAGAGACCACUCAAAGUAUUGUUGAGGUCUGUAGACCUACACAUAUUCAUAGCAGACCACACGUGUUUUACGAAAAUUGUUCACAAAAAAUAUGACAAAUCCAUUUCCGCAGCUUCACAUUCUAAGAAGUUAGAUACUAAAUACAACAUAUGAAGCGCACAAUUGUGAUUUUUUGUUGCAAAUGCUCCAUGCUUUAAUGAUCGGGCUACCUGAAAUUUGUGC